AUGCCUCGUCACCCUUGUGCCUUUUUGCGCAUGAAGGUGGUGCACCCGCAGCACGUGGGGUUCCUGUGGCUGUACCCGGCGCCCUCCAAGUCCGUCGUGGACCCGCUGUAUGUGGGCGAGAUGCGCAAGAUGCUCUCGUUCCUCAAUCGCACUGGUGAAAGAGAAAGAGGAUGGCGGCUCAUGGGGUCCUUCACGGUGCUCAACUGCUACCCAUUCUUUUUGUUCAAGGACAGGAACGGGAUAGUGAGCUACGACUAUGUUUUGAGUCGACUCAAAACCCGCCCUUCCCCAAUGAUCCCCCGUUUCCCGUCCCCGUCCUCCCACAGGCUCCUUCACGGUGCUCAACUGCUACCUGUUCUUCCCGUUCAAGGACGCGAAUGGGAAGCUUUGAUACCUUUUCCUGUUCCUUCACCAUUCCUCACCAUCCCAUGCGCUCCUUCCUCCUCCUUCUCCCCUCCCCUCUUCCCCACCUCCCUCCAUGCAGUCGGAGAGGCAGGGUGGCCCACAGGGGGCAACUCAGCAGCUACGCUCCUCAACUCCAAGCGCUGGACCACGGGCUUUCUAGCCCGCGCCAACUCCCUUCGCGGCACGCCCAAGCGCCCCGACAUGUCCAUCCGUGCCUUCCUCUUUGAACUCUUUGACGAGGAUCUCAAGGACACCUCCCGAGCCAGUUUGAGCUGCACUUUGAUUCCGACGGCUUCAGAUGUAGUGGUGGGCGGCAGGGUGUCGUGGGCAUGUUGGAAGGGAGGGGGAGGGUUGGACUGCGCGAGGGUGGGGAGUAAGUGCGGCGCGGAGAUGAAGGCGACUGCGGUGUACAACGCAUGGUUCCAGAAGCAGGGGCAGACGAGCGAGGCGUGCGACUUUGGCGGCACGGCGCAGGUGACUAUGAGGAACCCGUCCAAGGGGGCUUGCCAACUGCAUGGGCGGCUACUGGGGGUCAAGUGA